GAAGACCCGAGAGAGAUGUCAACUGUAAAGAUCCAGGCCUGGUGGCGGGGCACACUGGUACAUAGGUCACUGCUGCAUGCAGCCGUCAGGGCCUGGGUCAUUCAGUGUUGGUAGUGGCUGAUUCUGGCAAAGCUGAUGGAGAAGAGGUGGCGUUCGAUGCUGGAAACAUUUUAAAAGGAGGAGCGGGCAGCAGUCAGACUGUAGUCCUGGGUCCGCAUGUGGUGUGCUCGCCGGCACUACUGCCAAGUACUCAGUGCUGUCCGUGUCAUCCAGGCCUGCUGGAGGUGCCACAACUGCACUUCCUGGGGUCUCACCAAGGGCCACUAUCGAAUCACUACCAGGGAGCUGCAUCUCAAGCUGGAGAUCUUGCUGGGGUCAGGGCCUUGCAUUAUGACGGAGUGUAUUCCUCUCCCAAUAAAGCUGUGA